AGCAGCGGUGGUCUGUUCGACACUCUAUAGCUAAGCUGUUGAGCAGAAGUCCCAGUCCCGAUCCCACUCAUAUCGACCAAUCGAAGCCAUCCGAUCCCAGACAAUCUGACCCCUCUACGCCCAAUCCCCCAUCCCCGGAUCUAUCGCCAUCUCGCAUUCUCCCUGAAGGGGGUACCAAUAUCUCUCACAUGAUGCCUAUCGUCCAUGGAAACACUGAGACUCCCCACCCACCACUAGGACACAUAGGCGUUAAAUCAGAUAUCCCGUCGUCAAUAGAUCGAACAUCGUCUUCUUCAGUUGUCCCUGCUGGUGACGGGAAGAAAACAAUCAUCGCUGCCACAAGGCUCAUCCUCCAAACCGCCGCCUCUGCUCUUAAGUUAGCCCCCAUUCCGAAUCUCGAUCAAAUACCAAAUAUACUCCUAUCGUGGCUCCAAGUUUAUGAGACCUUCGACAACAAUGACGAAAAUCUCAAGGGAUUAGACGAUGAAGUUCAAAACGCUCACGAAACGAUCUUUAGGCUUCUCCAGUUAUGGACUGGCCAGGUUCCUCCUGAAAUCCGCGAGCUAAUUCAACAAUUUAACUUGUAUGGCCCUAAGACAGCAAUUGACGCAAAUCGAAGCACUCAAACGUCAAAAGCUUGCCAAGAGGGCAAUUUUAGCGACUGAGAUAUCCCAGGAGAUAAACGCUGUGAAGUCCUGCAUAAGUGAUGCUGUCUCCCGUUUCACGACUGCGGCAACAACUCUGAAUCUCUUCCACACAAUUCGGUUAUCGGUGGACUGUUCGUUGUACCCCCUUGUUGUCGCUGCUUAGGAUUAUUC